UAUAGCGGAUAUAUUGCCUAGUCCGUAUGUCCAUCCGUUGCGACUCGGCUAUUGGUGCAGUAAUUUUACCUACACAUCGUGGCAAACUUUUGCCUAACAUCUUAAUACCCCCUAAUUCUCUUCUAAAAUAUUCUAUUGUAUUUAUAAAUAACUAAGACGAAAAUUGGUUAAAAUAUUGAUAUUAAUACGAAGCCGGGUUUCGAUCCCUAAAAUCUGUUGCUUGUGAUUGGCAACGGAGUAAGAGUUUUAGUCGAAGGGCAAAGCUGACCUGCGCAGUGGAUGCUUUUUGGAGCUCUCACAACAGACAAGUUUUGGCUUUGGCUACAAAAGGACUUGGCAAGCGCUCGAAUUCGGCAUUCGUUGCUAGCCAGUUGGACUGUUUGCGUUUGGUUAACCCAAUGAAGUAAAUAAUCGAAGAAAAUGGAACAAGUGCGGAAUUAGUGCCAGGACAUUUGCUACCGGAUGCAAGCGUGCGUGACAAUUAAAAAUUAAAGCCGAGUGAAUAAGCCGGAGGAAGUUGGUUAGAUAAUUGCAGUUAGAGGCGUGGGAGGCCCAGUAUGUUCUUUCGGCGCAUUUUGGAACGCAAGGAUAGCGCUACUAAUGUGCCGCUUCCCUUGACGACCACGGAAAGUCCGCAACUGCACUACAAUAGCGAGGACAGCGAGAGUGCCACUUACGUGAGUGGUGCCGCUGGCAGUGAAGUCAAGGACAGCAAUAACAACCAGUCGGGUGGCAGUGUGGCUGCUCCGCCCGCUCCGAUGAAAGUUCAGCGCCGAGUUGAGGCCCCAAUAGGUGCAGUGCAACUGACACCGCUGUGGGAGCACAUUCUCCGCAGCCGGCGCCUUCCGGAAACAAUUUGCCCUAGCGCCAUGUACGCCGAGUUCCAUGAGCGCUUGCAGGAUCCAGAGUGGCAGGUGCGCCAACACGCCCUCCGAGUCCUCGUCGAUGUCCUUGUCGUGAUGCAAGACGAGGCCGAUGACCACAUGGAGCGCCAGCAGCUCAUUGGCUUGCUGGUCGAGAACCUGGGCCAUCAGGCACCCACCGUGCGGAAGGGAGCUCUCGAUUGCCUGCGAGUCUACCUUGCAGAGACCGCCAUUCCGGAUAUAGUCAUGCUGGGGAUCCUCGAUGCCAGCCUGUCGAGGCAGGCACAGGCGCAGACGGGGCAAUUGGGGCGCCUCACCUGCGGGGUAAUGUUGUCUCUGCCUGCCCUACUGCAAACAACUCUGCACACUCCCCAGCGACACCGCAUCGCAAAGACCACUUUGGAGAGGGUCGUGCCGCACAUGGAUCAACUGGCCAAUCAGGAAAUCACUCUGAAGGUCUUAACAAAGAUCAAAGAGCUACUGGGGCACCACGAGUUCGAAGACAUUAUGAGUGAUUUGGGCCGUGGCGACGCCCUGAACGAGUACUAUCAACUUUGUCAGGUUUACGGGGUGUCUGGGAAACCGAAAAAAAGGGGCGAGUUAAAAACGGGCGCUUGGCGUGCAUUACCGCGUGAACAAGGCUGGAGAAACAGCCACGAUAUCGACACAAUGGACAGCGCGCUCCAGAUACAGUCAAGCUGUCCGGACAAAGGAAAGGUCAUUAUGGAAACGGAGAUCAAAAUCAACGACGACACGGUGACCAUGCGUCUCCUCGAGGCGGACACUGAGACGGAAGAGUCCGACAGCCCAGCCAGGAGAUACUCAAAGGACGGAGAGUCGGUCUGUCACCCCCUUUUGUCCAGUGUCACCAGCCACCACAAGCUUAGUGUUGGGGCGGGGAUUGUGCAGGUUAUAAGUGAUUCAGAACUAGACGAGCUGCAAGCCACCAGGCCCGGGAGUCUUUCCGAGCCGAGCACUCCCUCUCGAGGUCCGAAGCGCGUAACCUUCGGCGGAGAAAUUGUUAAGAUGCGAACCCCCGACAGCGACGUAGCCUCUUCUACAAGCUACUCUCAACAAAGCCCCGCCCAGGCCAAUCCUAGUGCCACUAUCCUGACUUUGGGACGUGCAUCGCCCACUCGCCUGAUCUUGCCGGAGGAGGAGUCCCCUCUUCUAAAUUACACUAAACCGCCCAGUGACAAACGAACAACGGCGCUCGUGGUCGAGAUCCCAUUGGACAAUACUAAGCCCUUGCCCCCACCAAUACCCUUCAAUUCGCAGUCGCCCGUUCAUCAGGGCAACGUGUUCAGCGAUCAACCAACGACCAGUCCCAGCAACCGAAAGGAGGUGGACGGAAGGCAGUCGCCAUCACUCCCCUCUCCCGGGUUUCGCAGCCGCAGCACCAGUCCGACUGGGAGCAACAACAUAAGCCCCAAAGUGCCGCACAAGCAAAUCGAGGUUCUGCACAAUCUACAACGCGACCCGUCGCCGCGAUCCCAGCGUCGCUCGGAGGACAUGAGUGCCCCACAAGGAGAGGGCCAUCCUGUAGGCGGAAAUAACUCUGCCUCACCGGCACUUCCAAGGAGAACUGGAACCGCCUCAACGAUGUCUGCAGAGUCGCCGGCCACACCCAAAUCCUGGGAGGACCUGGACAUUGUCAACUUCAAGACGCUGAUGGACCUGCGAUCUGGGGAUUGGCGCAAUCGGCUGAUGGGCAUCGCCCAACUAGAGCUCGCCCUAAGUUCGUCGAGCAAUUUGGCCUUGGUGCAACCGUAUCUGGACAGUUUGCUGCGAACUCUCCUCUCCUCGGAACGGCACUUCGAGGUGGCCGAGCUAAAGCGAGAGCUGUUGGUUAACCUGAUCUCACGUCUGCCUUUGGACAACCUGGAGGAGCGCACGCCACAGAUCCUGACGGGGCUUUGUCGCCAGGGCAACGCUGGAGCGAACCGGGUAUGCAAGGCUUUAAUGCAGCGACUUCCGGCUGGAACAAUUGUGGCCAAACUGACUUCGCCAGAAUUUCUGCAUGCAAAGAGUUCAAAGUUCCGGGACCAUGCGCUUCAAAUGUCCAUCUUUUCCCUAAUGACCUUUCCGGGCACCUGCUUCGACAUAAACCUCCUGACGGCUCAGGCCGUAUACUCUCUGCUAAACCGCAAGCGUCGCGUGCGCCAGGCUGCCUUGGAGGUACUGGCAGUCCUGGCGGAUAUAUCAUCGGUAAAGGAUGUCCUAGCCAUCGUCUCAGAAAUGACGGCCGGCGUAGAACUUGGACCACUAGUGUUGGAGGCGGCGAGUGUGCGCCUCUCGCGCUUGCAGCUGCCCAUUGUGACUCCCGACAGCGGUGUGCUCUUUGUUUUUAACCAGACUUAUCAACCUGGAUCCAGGCGUUCUGGAGCGGAUGUGGAUUGGAUCUGUCAGGGGGAGGGCUCCGCCUCGCCUAACUCCAUCAAGAGAAGACGCAUGCGGGCUGCAAGCAGUCAGCUCGACGUACUUGAGAGCUCGGAAGUAACGAAUAAGAAAGAUAUGUUCCACAGUUUCAGCCAGGUAAACGAGACUCUGCAUCGACAUUCGUUUCACUCGCCCCCAGAAACUCUGGACAUGACUAGCCCCACAAAUGACUUUUCGCAAAGAUUAAGUUUUGGCGCUAAGACUAACAAUGUAGGAAAGCAAUCUUUAAUGGACAGACGCAUGGUGGCCAAGGCGUGCUCUGAUACUUCGAUGGAUGGGCGAAGUACUGAUAGCACGACCACCACAUGCAGCAGUGGAAGCGCCACAGGCAGCUUUAUUCAGCUCACCUCCCGCACUGGAAGUCUAUUUCCCGGAGAGAAAUCCAGAUUUCCCGCCAUGAACCAGCACACAGACUUCGUCAACAACUUUAUGCGAAGCAUGCAGCGCAGCACUAACUCCUACUCCGUGAAGGGUCGGGCCUACCCGAAGGUCAGUUAUACUAUUCCAAAGGGCCAGCAAAUGCUUCGCAAGAAACUCCAGCACCAGCACUCUUUUACAAAGCUGAGCAACGGAGGGCCAGCUCAAGGCAAGUCUCAUCUGUGGUUGUCCUGCCAAAUUUUACGUUAUCACGGUCACAUUUAUUUUUACCUAGGUUACGAAAAAAGCAAGAUAAACGAAUCCCAAAUUAGGCAACAGAGCGACUUUUCUUUAGAACACUUGCAAAAACUGGACACCGAGUGCGCCGACGCCGCCAAAUCAGUUGACAAGGAAACCGAGAGGGCAGUUCAACCCUCGGUGACGGCGGUCAAAGACAAGACAGACGGCUCCCCUCUCUCGGUAAGGUCCACCAGCUAUUCGCAAAAGUCGACAGCAUCGGCGAAAUCGAUUGGCAGCCAUAGCGAGGUGGGCAAUCCUUUAUCCUCAUCGGCUGGCGACGGCACUAUCGACGCCCAAAUGGAGGGCCUGAGCCUGGAACAGGAUCCCGUCGAAGCCUUCGGGGAGUUGGUAGUGGCCGAUAUUGAGGAAGCGGAACCUCCCGUCCAUGAUGAUCCGAUCAAGCUUAACGGAAGCCUAAAUAGCCUGCACAGCAAAACUGAGAGCAUCAGAACUCAGCUGGAGGACACUACACCGCAACUCUCGAGGGCUCAGUCCGUGAAAUCGCUGCCCAUUGAGGAGGACAUUGAGGGCAGCAACAGUUUCGUGGUAGUCGAAGAGGAACAGCACGAGCUGGAAUCAUCGCCCCUUCAGACCACGCCGGUGAAGCAAUUGCAGGAGAAACCAGUAGAUCCAGUAGAAGUUUCCAAAACGGAAAAUAACAGCAUUGACCCAAAGUUGGUUCAAACGCAUGAAGGCAUAGUGAUUCAUUCACGUAGCAUUUCCCUGGAUUCGCUCUACGGCGUACGACCGGAAUCGAAGCAGGGAUCCUUGGACACCAGCACGAGCACCACGGACAACACCUCGCAGUCCGGUUUUCACAUGGGGAACAUCAGCUUCUCCGGAAAGGCUCAGCACACGCCGCUCAAGCAGAAGUCCAAGACAUCGUACUUCUUGCGGGCACAGCGACGAGUCUCACCCGUAAAGCAGGCUAUCAAGAUGUCCCAGGCGGAACUUUUUCCGCAGAACAUGGCGCGCUUUGAGAAGCCACGCGAGGCUCUGCUCAAGACUUUCGACCAGCUGGACUCCAGCAAUUGGGAGAUGAACAUGACCGGUCUGAAGAGCAUGGUGCGUCUGAUUCGCUACCACGCCGACACAUUGGACAAUCAGAUGCACAUGACAUGCAUCCAGCUUACCCGUUCAGUCCGAAAUCUGCGCUCCCAGGUGGCUCGCGCCUCUUGCCAAGCCGCUGCCGAGCUGUUCUCCCUGAAGUCAACCAGUCUCCAGCUGGAGUGUGACGACCUAGUGUGUGGCCUUCUGCACCGCACCGCCGACACGAAUCGCUUUCUCCGCGCCGACGCCACUCACGCCUUGGAGUCAAUGGUGGAUAACGCACAGCCGCAGAAGAUAUUAAACAUCCUGGCGGCGAAGGGAGCCCAGCACCAGAACGCCUUAGUUCGCACCACUUCAGCUAAGCUGCUCUUCAGACUUGUCGAGCGACUGGGCAGUGAUCGCAUUUACGCAAUGGGUCGGGAGAGUCGCGACAAGUUCUUUGUGGUGGGGGCCAAUCUGCUGCUGGAGGGCAGCCUGGAGACCCGCAGCUACGCCAAGUCCUUAUUCCGGGCCCUCUCUGAGCACCACAACUACCAGCGACUGCUUCUGGAGGUGAUUCCGCCACGGACGUACAGGAAUGUGGAGAAGACGCUCAGAAGCAUCACACGUUGAUUUCGCUUGUGCGUUAUCUGUACAGCUUAGGUUUAGUAUCUGAAGCCACUGAA